UCACACACACCAGUGCAUUGUUCGCGUCCGUCGGCCGUGGUACCGCGUCGCUCGGUGUGCCGCGCCCGCGAUACUGAUCAUGCCAAUCAUUUUUGGAAUCGCACAGGAUUAAUAACGCAUAUUAUCAUACGAACGUUUUACCGACAGAACAGUGACAGACGGUUUUUUUUUUUUUGUGCGCGCGUGUGGUGUGUGUUCCGGCCGCAUGCGACCGCGGACAUUGUGUGCGCGCCAGUUCGUCGUCGUUGCGUGUGAUUUAUAUAUUUUGCCGCGAGUGCGUCGCGUACAGUGCGAACAGGGCGCCGGCCGCCGCCGCCGCCGGUGGCCAAUCAAUGUGUACUGUCGCCGCCGCCGCCCGCCGGUGGCUACACGAGAUGUAAAGCACACUGACGUUUGCGUUGGUGUGUGAGUAUUUGUGGAAAUGUCGUCGAGAAAGGUCGCCGACAUGUCUGCCGGAGGCGAGAGCCAAAAGCAGACGUCGGCCGCCGCCAAGGCGAAACAAAAGAAAAUUUCCAACGCGGCCGACACGCCGCCCGGACCGGUAAUGGCGACGAAGAAAACGGCGGCCAAGAAAGCAGUUGUCAACAACAAGGUGCCAAAACCGGAACAGAAGAACGCGAUCAAGACGCCGAAAGCGAUGAAGAAAAUCGCCGAGAAGGAAUUCGAAGAGCGCGAAGAGAAAAAGGACCCGCCGGCCAAGAAAACGGUCAAGCAGAAACUCAAGGAAAAGCUGAUAACGAAAACCGUGAAAAAACCGUUGAAAGAAGCGAUUAAAAAGGGUAGUAAAGCCGGCGGACUGACGUCGGCCGGAAACGCGGACAAAUGCGCGGCGGACAAGUCGCCGCCGAAACCGAAAAAGAAAGCGACCACGGACGACAAGGACGAGAAGAAGCCCAAGGAGAAAGUGCCAAAAGAGAAAAAGGCGGCCAAGGAGAGCGGCGGCAAAGACGCGAAAGAGACGACCAAGGACUCGAAAGAUACAAAAAAGAAACAAGGCGUCAGAGCGAUGAAGAAAACGGCCGACCCGGCGGACGCGGAUGGCGCGAAACCGGCGGCAAAGCCUGAUAAGAAAGCGUCUCCCAAGAAAACAGCGGCCGCCGCCAAAGUGACAGCCGCCAAGAGCAAAGGCAAACAAAACCAGAACAGGAAAAUCGACUCUAUCGACGACUGCAUGGACGUGGUCAAGGACGAGAAGGGCGACGGCUUGAAUUUGCUCCAAGUGUUUCAACUCAAAGACAGCGAGGUGUGCGAUUUCGACGGCGACAUAUGCAACACGAUAACCAUUCGGCAAGACAACACGUGCAUAAAGAUUAAAGAGAUAUCCGUGAGCCAGCUGCCGUAUCCGGUUAAGUCGGAGCCGGGCACCGAAACCGAAUCGCCCGUCGUCAAGCCGGUCAAGAAAGAAGCGAAAACCAAAGUGGAAAAACCAAAAAUAGACAAACCCAAAGCAGAUAAGGUCGGCGCCAAAAAGGUAAAAGCGGAGAAGUCGGAAAAACCUGAGAAACCGGAAAAGCCGAAGAAAAAACCGAAGGCGGCCGCCGCGGAAAAACCCAAGGUCAAGCCUAAAGUGUCGCCAAAAGCCAAGCCGAAAACCGGAAGGGUCGCCAAGCGACCCAGGGUGGCUUCUUUGAACGCCAUCGCCAAAGUCCACUGCCUAUACGAGAACGAGACUAAAAGCGCCCUGAUCGACUCCCUGCCCGCGUCCGCUCUGGCAGCGGCUGCGGCAGCGGCAGCAGCCCCGGUCGCCACUCUGGCACCGACUUCCAAAGCGGCGAAAAACGAACCGAAAGCGGAAGUGGCCGCCAGAAAGGGCAAGAGGACUUCGAAGCGAACAACGCCCGGACUCAAAAGCGUAGGAAGACACUGGGACAUGCACGACACCAGCUCCACCAACAGUUCCUCUUCCGGCGGAGACGACGCCAAGUACGAACCGCCAAAGUCGGCUAAACGGACGAAAAAGCAGCCGGCUGUGUCCGAAGCGGACAGCUCGGACGACGAGGAAGAAAGUGGCCGGGAAGCAUCGUCCAAGCAAGUGGCGUCGCCGUCGGGCGGCUCAAAGCGAAAGAGGCGCAACGCCGAUACGGUCACCAUGGACCUGAAGGACAUGGUGGUGAAGAAGCGCAUGGCCAGUCUGAACGCCUCGGCCAUACUGGCGGCCAGCUACUCGACCGAAAAAAAGUCGCCCGCCAAGGGAGCGGACAGCUCGAAGAAGUCCACGACCAGCUCGGACGUGUCUUCGGUGAGGUCCGAGCCGGAAGACGACGCGGAAGACGAGGACUCGGACGGUAACGCGGAGCCGCCCAUCACGGCUCGCGUCACCGUCACGCAGCCGACGCCUUUGCCGCCCAUCCUGCCGCCGCCGUCCUCUCAGCUCGCCGUCAUCGUCAACCAAGACACCGACGUGACCAUCACCGGCGUGUACGUUAACAGCACCACCCGGUCGACCAGGCACGAGGAGUUCUGCACCAUAUCCGGACUCCAGUACCGGAUAUCCAGUACGAGCCACACGCAAACCGAGGCCACCGCAGUAGCUACCGAAACAUUGCUACACGCCGAACACGCCUUAACACAACCUCCGUCGGCGUCCGCACCGCCGCAGCAACAACCGGCCGCGCCGCGUCCGUCGUACGCGCCGCUCACCGCGUUAUCCAGCAUGCAACCGCCCGGAACGCCGGGUGGCGAACUGCAUCCGCACCAGAGGCGUCACCAUCACCAUCACCAUCACGGCGGUGCACCGUACAGCAGUGCGUUUUCCGCGCCGCCGCCACCGCCACCUCAGCCGCCGACAGGCCCGCCGCAGGCCAACGGGUCCUCUUCGGACGCGUCGUCCACCGACAAGCACGAACCGGCGCCUCCACCACCGCCUCCGCCGCCCCUCCCUUACGCUCACGGGUACUACCAACCGGCCGGUCCGUUGAUUACGCACCACAUUCUACCGCACCACUUGCACUUGCAUCACCCGCCGCACGUCAAGUCGUCGCUGGUGCCGCCGUUAGUGCCUACACCGCCCUCGUCUACCGGCACAGCGGCCCCGCCGCAGACCGAGACGUCGGACACCGAAGUGGUACCGGCCAGAUCGACGUCGUCGCCGACGCCGCCCGGUUACCACCGCGGUUACCCACAGCAGAGCUCGUACCAUCCGCCGCCGAUAUCGUCGUACUACCCGUCACCGCCGGCAUCGGCCAACUUGCAGUAUCCGCCACCGCCGCCACAGGUACCGCAACACCACUAUUUGCCGGAGCCCAACCCGUGCGCCUAUCCCGGACCGCACCAUCAGCCCGGGUACUUCCACCACAGCCGGAGCUCUCCUUACCAUCACAUCGCGUACCACCACAGACGGCCGGCGCCGUACAACCCGACGGCAGUCGGUCCUCCCACGUACUACCACGAGUAUUACGGCCAUCCUCCCGGACCGCCGGCAGCACCGCCCGGGUCGCCCGGACAGCAGCAACAAAUGUUGGUGGCCGCUCGGGCCGGCGAUCGUCCGGACCACCACCCGCCGCAGCAGCCGGACCCGUACCCCGCGCCUCAACCGCUGUACUAUUCACCGUAUGGUGGUCCCCCCGGGCCGUCGUGUUACCCACCGGCGCCACCUCGAACGUACGUAGACCCGGCCUACCACUCGUGCCCGUGCCCAAUGCAAUCGUGUCCCAAUCCAAAAAACGUCCAUACUGGCCCGCUUACUGGUGCAGUCAGUAAGGGGCCGAAACACCAUUCUACCACAGUCGUUACGCUACCUCCUGUGGCACUGGCGCUGCCACAAGAGCCGCCCCGGGCCCUAGGGCCUCCCAGCCCGGCCAGGGGUAGCGCCGGCGUGUCCCGACCAGCUCGGUCCGGAUCGUCGUGCAGCCCGUCCAAACAAGUUCCUUGGUGCAUGAGCCCGCUGAGCCCGGCCAGGGCUUCCGUGCAACACCUGGCGCCUCAGUCUCCGGCCAUGUUGGCCGCCAAGAAUCCCACGUCCGAGUGGAACACCACCGAAGAAAAGUGCGACGCCACCGGACUCCUGGCCAUCGGCAAGGUGCUCAGCCAAUCCGUGCUGGGCUUGGAACAACCGAUCGACGACCACCAGCCGGAGAUCGUGCCGAAAAUCGAACCGGUCGACGACGACGUGUCCGCCUCGUAUUACACGCUCAAGGUGGACACGACCGACGAGGACCGCGAAUCGGUGGACGAACAGCAGACCACCAUCGAUUUGUCGACAAAGCCGAGGGAGUACCAUGAGACGACGACAACGACUGUUUACUGCGACCCGACCGUCAACCACAACAACAACAACGUUGACGGCGAUGAUAACAAUAAAGCGAUAAUGAAAGGAUCAGCCAAGAGGAAGAAACCCAACCCGAUGCAAAUCGUUUCUGCGAAAAAGUCCAAGUUCCAAGACGAACCGCAGCAACACGAUCACGCCGAAGGAGAGACAAUCCAAUCGACGACCACCGCCGCCGACAACAACGACGGCCGACCGCCGUCGGUCCAACGAAACGACGACGCCGACUUGUCGUCUGCGACCGACGACAAGUGCGACGAGCCGGUCGAAUGUGUCAAUUCCAACGAACAGAUAGUGCGGUCGGCGUUGACCGACGAGAGCGACGCUGACGAAAUGGUCGGCGAGACGUUUGUCAAGAAGAAAAACGUACCGAAAAAGACGAAGAGAGGCCGGAAAGACCGGAAGAACGGAAACCACAAGAAAGAGUUGACCGACGCCAUGAAACGAGAAAGGGACCUGAGAAUGUGCGAGGAAUUCGCUCAGCUGUCGCGACUUAAGAAACAGGACUUGGCGCCCAGAUGGUCCAACGGUUGGAUGUGGCAGGGAAAACCGUCUAAACGACCGGUGUACCUAGAGAACGACGACGUACCGGUGUUGAGGAAAUGUUACCCUUGUAUGCGUCACAUGCAAGGCGACACUAUCUACGCCCGGGACUGUGUACUGCUGAAGUCGGGUUCUCGCAAAAACGACUUGCCGUUCAUAGCGAAAAUCUCCAACCUGUGGGAAGAUCCGGUCAACGGCGAAAUGAUGAUGUCUCUGAUGUGGUACUACAGGCCCGAGCACACGAAACAGGGCCGACAAAAGGCGGACAUGCCCGACGAGUUGUUCGCCUCCAAGCACAGGGACGUGAACAGCGUGGCGUGCAUAGACGACCGGUGUUACGUGUUGACUUUCAACGAAUAUUGCAGGUACCGCAAGCACAUGAAAUCGGUGCAAGAGAAUUUGGUGUUGUGCAAAGCCGUCGUGCCGCCGUUGAUAGAGGCUAACCCGAGAGCUAGACAGCUGCCAGCCGAAGGCGCUCCGGCUGAUCUGAUCUUUUUCUGCCGCCGAGUGUACGACUGCCGGCAAAAGCGUUUGCUGAAGAAACAAUCCCUGUGACAAAAAGUCAUUCGGCCAAAGUCACGCACUUAAACGAGUCAACAGUGCGGCCACCGCUUCGAAAGCACAGCGUGUUUCUAUAUUAUAAUAAAAAAUAAUAAUAAGAAUAAUAAUAAUAUUAACGUUUAUAAUUUAUUCGUUGCCUCUCGGCAAACAGAGUACUCGCCAAGAGCGUCGGCAGCUCUACGUAGCAAAAACUACAUCUAUUAUUACUAUUAUUAUUUUAUUACGCAAUGUACUCAUUGUGAUUGAAGGUAUUUUUUUUUUUUCUUAGAUAAACAAAUUUUGACUGGAAAAUGUUUUGGAUAAAAUAAUAACAUUAUUAUUAUAUAUAUGACUUAUUAUAAUACUUUAUAGGACGGGUCUUAUUAAAAAACAAUGUAUAUUGUUUGAACGACCCGUCGUUUAAUACAAAAAAAAAAACAAGAUAAUUUGCCCUGACAUAACAAAAGCGUUCCAUCUAA